AUGUCGGUGAGUACCAAACGAAAACGUGAGUCAAAUGAAAACGAUAAUAAAAAUGUGAAGUUGUUUGUGACACCGAAUAAAACGUAUUCAUCUCGUCCAAUUCCAUUUAAACAAAUCGAUUUGAAUUCAAAAUUACCAAAGGUCGAAAUUUGCCAUUUCAGUGAAAUCCCGAGGGAAAUUCGUGAAGUACUCUUUAGUAUUUUAACACCCAAUGAUUUAUAUAAACUAUCGUUAACAAGUCAUGAAUAUUAUGGUUAUGUUAAUGAUUUUUUGCGUUCAUCCAUGGGCUUAGUUUACUUAAAAGCAUUUUUAUCAAAUAAAAAUACCACUAAAUCAACAGUCAUAUCAGAUGACAGAAUAAAAUCAAUUGGUCGAUUAUAUCGUUUAUUAACAUGUCUCGAAACCAUUAAUCGUCGUAUACAAGUUUAUAAAGACGUUUUAUUUAUAAAAUUACAUUUAUUACCGGGAAAAGAAAUCGAAGAUGUUCGUAGUGCUGGUCGAUUUUUAUCUGAAGCUAUUGCGACUUGGCCUGAACGCGAUUUAGAAAUAUUGUACAGUCAGUUUGAUCAUCAUUUAUUACUAAAGAAAAAAAUUGAACAAUUUUAUACAUCAAAAGAAGUUGGCACUGAACCCGAAUUGGAAAUGGAUAUUCGUUCUUGCUUUCGUUUGAUGUACUUUGAUUCAAUUCAAAUCAGUUAUAUACGUGGUUGUUUUCUUAAUUUAAUAUUACGUAAUCGUCCGAUAUGGUUUCAAGCUCGUUUAUUUUUGAAUUUAUUCGGCUCAGUAACGCAAGGUAAAAUUGACUGGCAAAUGUUUAACCGUGAUCGUAUAAAUCAACAUCCGUCAAUUGACGAAGAGCAAGUUUAUUUUGAUAUGAGUCGGGGUUUUCGUGUACUCGACUUUUCAUCUCAAUCAAAAAAGUUAUGGAAUAGUAACAGUAAACUGGCAUUGUUUACUGAAUUGACAACACAACCAUCUGCCUGGAGUUUGGAAUAUAAAGCUGAAUUAUUAUUUUAUUGUACAUCAGAAUUAUUGUCCAACACCUUAAUUGCGUAUGCUACAAAAGGUUAUUUUCACGAUUAUGGUAAUUUGAUUCAAGCGUUGACGUUGGCAUCACGGCAAAAUAUUCAACGUUAUCGAAUGAUCCAGACUGGAGUAAAUCAAUCAUUUGAACGUUUACCGUUACUGAGUCAACGAAAUGUUGUUCUUCAACAUAUAAACUAUGCAUUCAGAAGUACAGCAUCUCGCUUAUUAGAACAACUGCAAACACCUGGUAUGAGACCUGCUGAAUAUCGUCGCUGUCUUCAAUUGUUAGAGUAUUAUGAUGGACAUAAGGUAGCUCUAAUGUCCUUUUUAUUUACAAAUAAUUAUAUUAGUUCUAAUUAA